AUGGGUGAAUGUCCAGUCGACCACAAGAACGUCAACAUCGGUGGCGGUGGUACCAGAAACACUGACUGGUGGCCAAAUGACCUCAAAUUGAACAUCCUGCGCCAGCAACAGCCCUCGGGCAACCCAUACACCAAAGACUUUGACUAUGUCUCGGCCUUCAAGAGCUUGGACUAUGAUGCCUUGAAGAAGGAUCUCACCGCCCUGAUGACCGACUCUCAGGAAUGGUGGCCUGCUGAUUUCGGUCACUACGGUGGUCUUUUCAUCCGUAUGGCAUGGCACAGCGCCGGUACCUAUCGUGUCUUUGACGGUCGUGGUGGUGGCGGUGGUGGCCAACAACGUUUUGCUCCCCUCAACAGCUGGCCCGACAACGUCAGUCUAGACAAGGCUCGUCGCCUCCUCUGGCCCAUCAAGCAGAAGUACGGCAACAAGAUCUCUUGGGCCGACUUGAUGUUGCUCACCGGAAACGUCGCUCUCGAAUCCAUGGGCUUCAAGACCUUCGGCUUUGCCGGUGGCCGCGCAGACCAAUGGGAGGCUGAUGAGUCAGUCUACUGGGGUGGUGAAUUCACCUGGUUGGGCAAUGAAGUCCGUUACGCAAACGGCCAGGAAGGCAUCAAAGGACAUGGUGUUGUCGAUGGUGACGAGCACAAGAAGGAGCACAAAGACAUCCACUCCCGUGAAUUGGAGGAGCCACUGGCUGCUGUCCACAUGGGUUUGAUUUACGUCAACCCCGAAGGUCCCGAUGGUAUUCCCGAUACCAAGGCCUCUGCCCGAGAUAUCCGCACCACCUUCGGUCGUAUGGCCAUGAACGAUGAGGAGACUGUUGCUCUCAUUGCCGGUGGUCAUACCUUUGGUAAAACCCACGGUGCCGGCCCUUCCGACAACGUUGGCAAGGAGCCCGAGGCUGCUGAGAUUGAGCUCCAAGGCUUCGGCUGGCAGAACAAGUUCAAGUCUGGAAAGGGCCCAGAUACCAUCACCAGCGGUCUAGAGGUCACCUGGACCAAGACUCCCACCAAAUGGAGCAACCAGUACUUCGAAUAUCUCUUCAAAUACGAAUGGGAAUUGACCAAGAGUCCCGCUGGUGCCAACCAAUGGGUGGCCAAGAAUGCCGAACCAAUCAUCCCCCACGCCUUUGAUGCCAACAAGAAGCAGCUCCCAACCAUGUUGACCAGCGAUCUUGCAUUGAUUCACGACCCAGAGUACCGAAAGAUCUCGGAGCGAUUCUACAAGAAUCCAGAUCAGUUCGCCGAUGCCUUUGGCCGUGCUUGGUUCAAGCUGUUGCACCGUGACCUUGGCCCCCGUUCCCGAUGGGUUGGUCCCGAGUUGCCAUCCGAGGUCCUGCUUUGGGAAGACCCAGUUCCAGCUGUCGACCAUCCUCUCAUCGAUGAUAAGGAUGCUGCAAGCUUGAAGAAGGAGAUCCUCGCAACGGGUGUUGAGCCUACCAAACUCAUCCGCGCCGCCUGGGCUUCUGCCUCCACCUUCCGUGGCUCCGACAAGCGUGGUGGUGCCAACGGUGCCCGUAUUCGCCUUGCUCCUCAGAAGGACUGGAAGGCCAACAACCCAACUGAGUUGGCCGAAGUUCUCAAGGCUUUGGAGGGCGUACAGAAGAAGUUCAACUCAGGUAGCAAGAAGGUGUCGCUCGCAGAUCUCAUCAUCUUAGCCGGUAACGCUGCUAUCGAGAAGGCUUCAGGUGCUUCAGUUCCCUUCACCCCAGGUCGAACAGAUGCCACCGAAGAGCAGACCGAUGCGCAAUCUUUCGAGCAUCUCGAGCCUGUUGUCGAUGCUUUCCGCAACUAUGGCAAGGGUACCAAGCGUGUACGCACUGAGCAAUUCUUCGUCGACAAGGCCCACUUGCUCACACUCACCGCUCCCGAAGCCACUGUUCUCGUCGGUGGUCUCCGUUCCUUGAACGCCAACUGGGAUGGAUCUUCCCACGGUGUCUUUACUCAACGCCCAGGUCAGCUUACCAACGAUUUCUUCGUCAAUCUGCUCGAUGUCAAUACCGCGUGGAAGGUCAGCGACGCCUCCAACGAGGUGUAUGAGGGUGGUGAUCGCAAGACAGGUAGCAAGAAAUGGACUGCCACUCGCCACGAUUUGAUCUUUGGAUCUCACCCUGAGCUUCGUGCUAUUGCAGAAGUCUAUGGCAGCUCGGACGCACAGGACAAAUUCGUCAAGGACUUUGUGUCUGCAUGGACCAAGGUGACCAACCUCGAUCGAUUUGAUGUGAGCUCAUCAUCUGGCUCUAGCAAGGCUCAUCUAUGA